UCCACGACUUUUGCUGGUACCUACGUCGUUCAAGGCAUGAAGUCGAUCAAUGAUACAAAUGACGUCGUGUUGCAUCGGUUUACGCCAUCGGUAAGCGACAUAUCCCCUAGCGUCGGGAAACGUCGUGAAACUGUGCGGAGAAGCAAGGCGUUCUUCAGCGUUGACGAUCAACACUUUGCAAAUGGACCUCAAAAAACACUGUGUUUCCUUAAGCAGUUUUGCAUCCGACUUCUUACCGGUGGAUUUUUUGGCCGAAUGAUGAAAACCGUCUUUCAAGCGCUGAACCGAUCUGAACAGCGCCACUCACAGCUUCGAAAAGCCUACAUGUGGUCAUUGUUCUAUUUCGGCAAAUUUGACCGUAUCACUUUGCCGGACAAUUCUGUCUUCGUCCGAGAGUUCGUCUCCAUUCACACCUUCCACUUUAUUCAGACCGAAAUCGACAUGUACCUGGAAAUGUUGGCGUCAGAUAAGGGCAAGGAAAGACUUUGGAGCAACAGGUAA